AUGUCCACAACACAGACAAUGGCGCCCGCCAGGCCCCUCGAGCAGAUAAAGCGCGAGACCAAGGCUGCCAACCGCGCGCCCCAUCUCCGCAAACAAAACUUCACCGGCACAGACCAGAUUGACAUGCUCGACGAUGUCGGCAUCGGCGGCGCUUACCACCACGACGGGCCCUACGACGCCACUCUGGCCUCCCGCAACCGCGACAAGCGCUACGCCCCGGUAGAGGCCGUCAAGGAGACAAACAUGGCCGCCCUCCGCGCCACCCCGCGCGAGCGCAUCCAGGACUCUCUAAAACACCAUGUGCCCCUCUCGGGCACCGCAGAGGUGCCCCCCGGCAUGACCGACCGUUUCGGCCGCGUGCUCGACUUUGAGGAGGGCGACGACCUUAUGCGGGACUCAGACGCCCCAGGCGGGCCCUACGCGCGCUACGAGCACGUGCCGUACCACCCAGAGGAUCUCAAGGGCAAGGGAGAGCCAUCCUUCACCAUCGAGCGGGAUCGGAAAGCCCGCAAGCAUGCCAAGUCAAAGUCCAUGGGCUCAGCCAACGGCACCAAUGUCUACGAGAUGCAGCCCCAGGCGGGCAGGGCAUCCGCCUCCGGCAGGGAGCAGCACCCCGGCGAGGUCGGUAGGGGCGCUAAGAACGGCACCACCCCCAUCACUCGGCAGCGCAGCAGCUCCUCGGGCGCCUUUCCAUCAAACUCUCGCAGCUCGCCACUCGGUGCAAGUGGUAGUGGCGACCUUUCCCGCAGGGCGUCGACUAGCAAGCGGCUCAGCGGCGGGCUCAAGCGGACAUUUGGCAGUCUGCGCAGGCGACACCAUGCAGAGUAA